AUGGCGCAUCUAUCUUCCACCACAAUGAGCGGCGCCUCCUAUAUGGACCGCUCCAUCUCCUCGACAUCAUCAGCACAUUUCAGCGCCUCAUCUUCGCCUGGCAUGGCCACUUCCGUCGUCGCUUCGGACCUCGCGAGCAACGAUGACAACCUCUCCGCCAUGGACGAGGAAUCUGUCUCCAUGCCGGCAACGCCACCCGACGCCUCGCACAUGGGCCAUGUUCACAUCCUCGAUUCUGCCGCCUCUGCAGCCACCAGCUCCAUCAACGCCACCGCCCAGCCCGUCAAGAAGCCCGAGCUCUUCCUCUCAAUCACUCGAGCCAAUCGACCCAAGCUCGUACUUUCCCCUACGGACCAGGAGCGCUUCACCGAGCACAUCCAAGAGAGCAAGAAGAAAUUCGCCUCCGAUACUGCAUACCUUCCCAAGUCGACCAACAUGGGCCUCAGCGACGUCGACGCCGCCGCUCUGCUCUCGGUGAAUCCAUUCAACUUUGCGCGCCCCAACGCCCAGAGCUGGGAGGACGACGAUGUCGACGUCGACCACGGUCGAACGCGCGCGGCAGCCAAGCCGGGCAAGACCGUCUUUAUGAACGCCUUCCCUUGCAUCUUUGUCUCGAACCUCACCAACUCGAUCUCGUUCUACCAGAAGCUGCUCGGCUUCUCGCCCAUCGGCAAACCAGCCAGCCACCAGGCCGUCCUGCGCCGUGGGCCUGCGGCACGUCCGCCGCGCUCGUCCAGUCAGCCAUACUCGGCCAUCCCCUCGGCCGCCGAAGAGCCCGGCGUGCGCAUCGUACUGCGUUACCUGCCUGCCGAGUGGGGCGAGCUCAAGGGCGACGGCUCGGGGCCGCCGCAGCUGCUCAUCGUCGUCAGCAACGUCGACGAGCUCUUCCAAGAGAUCGUGACCAAGCAGCAGCAGUUCAAGCCCAACGGCCGCGAGUACUUCCCCGAAGUGUUCCUGGGCAAGGCCAAGCUGAUCGGCAAGCCGCAGAACAAGCCGUGGGGAACGCGCGAGCUCCACGUCCUCGACCCCGAUGGCAACAAGAUCAUCUUCUACCACGAGCUCAACUGA